GCCCCGCUUAAGGGAAAAAUGUCCACUUUCAGGGAAACGCCGGACACUGCCUCGCGCCCUUGGAAAGCCGAGCCUUUGUGUCCCUGCGGGUUCUGCCCGGAUUUCGGUGCGAUGGAGCCCCAGGCGGGUCUCCGCGUCCUCCUGUGCCUGGCACUCUGCGGCCUGGGCGGCGCGCGCGGGGUCUGGAGCAGUGGCAACCAGGAGUGGAAGAAACUAAUCAUGGUUCACCACUGGCCCACGACAGUGUGCAUGGAAGUUGGAAACAGCUGUAGUGCCCCCCCAGAUUACUGGACGAUACACGGAUUGUGGCCUGAUAAAAGUGAAGAGUGUAACCGAUCCUGGCACUUCAAUCCAGAAGAGAUCAAGGACCUACUGCCGGACAUGAAGAUGUACUGGCCGGACCUGCUGCACUCGUCCCCUAACCGCAGCCUCCACUUCUGGAGGCACGAGUGGGAGAAGCACGGGACGUGCGCAGCCCAGCUGGACGCCCUCAACUCCCAGAAGAAGUACUUCGGCAAGAGUCUGGGUCUGUACAAGGAUCUCGCCCUGAACAGCAUACUCCAAAAACUGGGGAUAAAGCCAUCUAACAGUUCUUACCAGAUCUCAGAUAUUAAAGAUGCCCUUGUCAGCGCGUACGGAGUCGCUCCUAAAGUCCAGUGUCUUCCGCCAAAAUCGGGCGAGGAGCUGCAGACCCUCGGGCAGAUCGAGCUGUGCUUCACUAAGGACCUGCAGCUGCGAAACUGCACGGACCCGGGGGAGCCGGCGCCCCACAGGCGGGCACCCUGGCCAGCCCGGGCGGCCGCCACCAGCCUGGGGCUGGAGGUGUGUGAGGACGGCCCCGCCUUCUACCCCCCGCCCAAGAGACCAACUACUGGUGCCUAACUUCUGGAAACAGUCUGUGCUUUGAAAAGCAAGAGGAAUUGACAAAAGCAUUUUAAAAAGCAUCUCCAGAGUGAAACUUCUUGGGACAACCUUCAUUAACCUCAGCCUGUUUUGUUCAUUUUGCUUUUCACUUGGUGUCUGCCAGUUGAUUUUUCUGGUUCAUGUAAAGACGGGUGAACGUUGGGGACACUGAGGGGUCGGAAAGCACCCCACCUGGUGCUGAGAUUAGGGUAAAGCUUGUUUUCUGUGUUUUUCCUUUAUUAGACUCUGGCAUCCUUGGAAGACAAGUCAGGCAGCCUUGGAGUCUGGGCAGAGGGUGGAGGGACCCGUCUCCCUCUCAGAGUGAGCCACCUUCUUGUUCAGAGAGCACAUGGGGGUCAUGUUGGGACUGGUCCUCGAGCCGGAGCCCAGGCCACGUGGGGCCGGCGCUGGAGGGCGUCCUUCCUCCUUCCUUGUUCUACGCUCACACGCCAGCAUCUCCCUCGGUGGCCUGGCCGGGGCAUGUCCUCUGAGGGCCCUGGUGCUGGCAGGCAAGAUGCUCCGGGGCUGGGGGGCAGCAGGUGAUUUCCUCUUCUUGCCGAAGGAAGUCUGGGUGUAGCACACAGUGCCAGCCGGCAUCCCCGGCCAGUCAGUAGAUGCUCUUCCCACAAACCGUAAAUCCCACAGGUCAGUUUACAGCAAGUUUCCUUUCCUUUCUGCGAGAAGGUAGCAUCAGUACUUAGAACGCUGUGACAGUGCGGCCUCAGGUGCGGGGCUGUGUCCUCAGACAGUGAUGCCUGGUGACAGGGCUCCUUGUGCAGCUGAUGGGGCACCUGGGCUCAGGUGGGCUGCACCAGGCACGGUCCCCACCUGUGGGCUUCACCAGGCAUGGUCCCCACCCGAGGGCUGCUCCAAGCACGGUCCUCACCUACUGUAACGGCAUUUCACUCAUGAAAUGAUACCUAAUGUUCUGUGGAAUAGAUUUUUCAUGCUUUAUUAAAACUACCUUUUAACAUUA